AUGCCAGGAGACAGUUUUGCGCUGAAAGCCUUCGAAAAGGGUCGAAAUUUGAAAUUCGCUGCAGAAGGAUUUAGGAGCGAAAUCGCAUCGAAUCAGAAGGUGACACAUCCAAACGUUGUCGCGUUUCUCACAGCCUUCGAACAUAGAGACGCCUUCUACAUUGUGCUUCCUUGGGCACAGGGUGGAAACCUGCGACAAUUCUGGGACGAGUACUCCCUCGUUGGUGCCCAAGAAGGCAUAAGCUCUUUUGCGCCGUGGUACUCCAUGGACUGGAUGGCAGACCAAUGCUAUAACCUGGCUGAUGCCAUUGCCACCAUUCAUGGCCAUCGCUCCGAGUUGGGAGGGUUUGCUCUUCAGCCUCAGCUACAUCAAGACAUCAAGCCCGAGAAUGUUGUCUGUUUUGCUGAUUUUGUUGGCGGAAGACCAUUAUGGAUCCUAAAGAUAAUCGACUUCGGCUUGGCCUUGCCAGUCGUUGAUGGCUACGUGCGGCGGAACAGCGUCGUCCAAAUCAAGACUUAUCGGCCACCCGAAGAAGCGUUCCCCCACUCAAUGAUAGGUACUUCCUGGGACGUAUGGUGCUUGGGUUGCCUCUAUCUUGAGUUCGCUAUCUGGGCUCUGAACGGAUCAAUCGGGAUCGAUGACUUUCAAGCCGAGCGCCUCAAACAAGUACACGACACAUACGACGACCAUGGAUUCCCUCCCGUUCUAGAAGAUACUUUCUUCUCCAUGCGUAGAGGCAAGGAAGUUUCAGAUAGGAUGAGGACUAUGAGUACCAUGUUCGAAGGCGCGAAGAUGGUCCCGGUGCUCAAAGAAUCAGUCACGAUAGUGAGUGAGGCUCGAACACAACCCCCGAUUUAA